AUGUAUUUUGCUCUCUUGGGAACAACGGCUUUACUUGGCCUGCACUAUUCUAGAGCAAGUACACCAUACCUGGAUCAAAAUCCAGCGCUACAAGAGUAUCAGGAUGAAGCUUCGAUAUUUCCCCUCAAAGAGACAUGGUACAUGGCCUAUCGAAACUUUGAAUUAGAUCCAGUCUUUGGUGGAGACGCUAAAUGCGUAAGAUUCAAGUCAAAUGGUCCAGGAGCAGACGGCACUUACCCUGCGGUUUUUCAGUAUGCUCCAAACUUUUCCGCUGAUGCAACGGUUACCCCCAGUUUAUCUCCAGGCUAUACUAUAGAAAACGUUCUGAAUUUCCAGGCUCAAGGUCAAGCUGCUUCUGUGCAGGGAAUCUCAGCCUACACCAACGUCAAGAAAUGCGCUGUGUUUCGAUUGCCGUACGCAGGCGAAGGGAAAUGCGCACUCCUCGUCCCUGAGAGCAAACUGGAUAGUAUUGAAACCUGCUGCAAUUUUAUAUUUGAUCUCCUCUGCGGUAACAGUUUGAGGUUCAACAUUUCUGACAGCACCUGUAAAUAGCAAGCUUUAAGCGUUCACCAUCCUCAAUAAUAAAGUCACGAUGUAAACAUGUAGAAAA